AAGGCUGGUACUCGUGAGGGGGGCGGGGAGAGGGGGCUUCCGGCGGUCGGCGCCAUGGCGCUGGAGACCGUCCCCAAGGACCUGAGGCACCUGCGGGCUUGUCUGCUCUGCUCCCUGGUCAAGACCAUUGACCAGUUGGAGUACGAUGGAUGCGACAACUGCGACUCGUACCUGCAGAUGAAAGGCAAUCGCGAGAUGGUCUACGACUGCACCAGCUCCUCCUUCGACGGGAUCAUUGCAAUGAUGAGCCCCGAAGACAGCUGGGUCUCCAAGUGGCAGCGAGUCAGUAACUUCAAGCCCGGAGUGUAUGCGGUGUCGGUCACUGGCCGUCUGCCUCAAGGCAUCGUACGGGAACUUAAGAGCCGGGGCGUGGUCUACAAAUCCAGAGACACGGCCAUCAAGACGUAAGACGCCGCGGGAUCCUUGGUCGCGGCUGCCUCUGUUCUCAUCCUGCGCCUCCCCCACCUCCGGUUUGGAGCCAGGACUCUUCCUCACACUCUGACUCUGCCCCUCCGUGCCCAGGACUCUGCCCCUGCCUGGUCAGCGGCUGCCCCUCUCUGACUCUUGGGACAUUGACCUUGGGGUAGGAGGGGAAUAGUUACCCCAUCCCCCUCAUGCCCAGAGGCAAAGGGGCCGGAAUAAACCAGUACUGAAAACCA